AUGACCUUCUAUUCCAACCAUCUUUUCCUUCUCACCACUUUCUGUAUACUGAUUGCAACCGAAGGCGCUGUGGACAUAACUUGUCCCAAUUCGCCGAUCGACGCAAGCACCAAAUCGACACAGUUUCCCGCCGACGGAUUGGCCGCUUUCCCGGCCGGAUACUCGUGUAAUAUCGAUGUAAGAUUCUUGAAAGUUUGCCAAAAAGCAUAAUGGGUUCAGUUCAACAUUCCCGAUGGAUGCGUGCUGAAGUUUAUCGUUCAAAGCAGUGCCAAUGUCUAUUCGGGCGACUCGUUCAUUAUUGUCGAUUCGAUUUCCACGCUUAAUGUGUGA